AUGAUGGCGACAGUGUGCCGCGUUGUGUGUGUGUUGGCCGCUGCUCUCUGCUCCACGGCCUUGUGCGCGGCUGCUGCUGCUGCUGAUACUUCCGCUGGUCAUCCCACAGGUGCUGCGGCUGAUGUGUCGGCGAAGCAGACAGUCGUCACUGCAAAGAGCGAGGCCGUGGAUGCAGCAAGGAAAGCGGAGGCAGCAGCAAUUUCUUUUAAAGCUGCAGUGAGUGAAGCGUCGAAGAUGACACCAGAGGCCCCAAAGGGUAGUCUGAAGGACGAUGCCAAAAGUGCGGCGGGGUUUGGGUACCUGUCUUGGCGGAAAACGCUCGCUUCUGUGAAGUUUUUGGAGUUGACUUUAUUGCUUGACGGGAAGGCGGAGGAGGCACAGAAUAAGGCUAAAGAAGCAGCCUCGGAGUCUACAAUAGCAGUCGAAAAGGCUGCGAAGGCAGUGUCGGCGGCCACAAAAGUAGUCUCUGAUGCUACCAAGGCAUUGCCGGAGGCUGACGUUCUGUUGGAAAAGGUGAAGGCAGAGAAGCAGAAAGUGGAGGAAGCCAUGGAGAAUGCUAAGCAAGCGGCGGGGAGUAUACUGGGAGAGGCGGUGAAUGUUGUGGCUGCGGUUGGGGUAGCCGAACAAGAGUUUAUCAAAGCAAGUGCUGCUGCAGAUACGUACCUCAAGAAGCUAUACAACGUCAACCAAGCGGUAAAGGAUCUUCUUAACGGAACGAAGGCCAUACAUAGGGCGGCAACGAAAGUGGAUGAGUUGGCCAAGGAAGUUCAAUCGGGGACAGCGACAACUAAAGGUAAAUGCAAUGAACUCAAAGAAAUGACGAAUGAUGGGUUUGAGGCUCUCUUUACCGGACUGGAAAGAACCUACAAGGCAGCUGAGUCGUCCACGACAAAAUCAGAAGAACUUGCUGGCCUCCUGCAGACGGCUUUGAAAGAUACGGAUAGUGCCAUAACGUUGGCUAAAGCUGCGACAUCAGCGGCUGAAGCUGCGCUGCAGCAAGCCAAUAAGGAUUUGGAAACCGCUAAGAGGAAACAGAAGGAUCUGGAGGAGCAACAACAAGCCAGCGAUAAGCUGGCGGCCGCUGAGAGGAUACAGCAGGAUCUUGCGGAGCAGCAACAGCAGGAGAGUGAGAAACAGGGAGAUACGAGCCAGAAUCAGGAGAAACAAAAAGAGGAGAUUCCGGAAAGCGAAGUGAGUGAAAAGGACGAACAGAAAGGACUCAACCGUCCUCAGCAACCCGACACCACGGAUGCCACUUCGAAUCCUCCUGCUGGUGCGUCGUUGCCUAAGACUGAUGGCGCUGCGGAUGGCGAGAAGCUUCUUGCUCAGCACACAGAUGGCAGCGACGUCCCCACGUGGGUGCGUACGCCGCUGAUGCUACUGCUGCUGUCCUGUGUAGCUGUGUGGUAA